AGAAGAAGGACAAGUGGGAAGUUGUUGAUGAAAGUGAGCUGUACUUAGCUCCUCUGUUUGUUUUGCUUUCAUGUUUGCGUUGCUCAACCCCUGCGAUGGAUCACGAAUAUUCGUUGCCGCUUGCAGCAAAGCGCAAACGUACCGGCGACCCGGCCGAGCAGCGGAGGACAUGGGGCCGUAAGAGAGCGAGGACCCGGGUGAACAUCGGGGCUGCGCUCAGAAGAUGGAGAGAAGUUCGAGACAUGCUCGGACUACAGAAAGACUCCGAGCUCGCAUGUCUCCUGCUAGACGAUUACCACAAAGGAGAACAAGCCUCGUCAACUCCUAGCAGGAUAGGUGGAUUGCCUGUUCAGACCCUCUCAACCAUGUCAACAUCCAGUGACUCACAACCAGAUAGCGACCACAGCUUUCUGGAGCCUGAAGACCUUUCCAUGGCAGACUUAAAAGAAGAAGCCCUAGAUGAAAGGAUUGACUGUAAAGGCCCAGAUGACGACACAUGGGAAACAGCCAGUGAGGACGGAUGUUCUGAUGAGGACUCUAUCCCGUCUAUUAGUCUGAGAUAUUUUCCAAUGGCCUACAAAUAUGGAAAUGGCGAUGGCGGCCCACACUCAAAUACAGAAUACAGGCAGGUGACUUCAUGAAUGUUACAAACACACCUCUGUCUGAGAGUAACUACUACUACAAAGUGUCACACCUGUUCAGUCACAUGAACAUGGGCUUUGUUGGGAUGGACACCAGUGUCAGCGUUCAAGACACCUACUGCCUCAGAAAGCCAUCAAGGAAUUCUGGGAGGACAAGAGAUGUACAGCGAUCCAACGUCUGCAGAAUAAAGACGGUGUUGUUGUUCUAGCUCAACAAUACCAGAGAAUCAUCCAGAAGUUGGGCUGUCAACACCGCGAAUGUCGCGAAGGACUGCCGUUACAUCGCUGAUCUGAGACUCCAAUCAGAUACGGGAUGCCGAGAUGUGGGAUUGUAAGACCUGAUCACCUCAGGACACGUGGCCUCCUUCCGAAUGUCCCAACUCACCUUCACUUGAGUCCCGCACCAGUAGAGGCCUAGGGGCCAGCUCUACACCUCAAGAGACGAGCAACGAACGUACACCAGAAUGAUCCAAACCCGAAUGGUCCGAACCCAGCGGUCAACUGAGCGAGCUGUAUUUUUGUUUGUUUUUCAUUUAUUUGUACUCCCUACUCUUAUUUUCCGCUGAUUUGCAGCCUCUAAAAACACACUCUAAACACCGUGUUUAGAAGUAAAUAAUUUCAAUGCAAAACAAAGCAAUAAUUACUUUUCCCUCAAAUGUAAAUAAAUGUCUUGGACUGUAUA